GUUUCAUCUUCAGCUGUGAUGAGAGCAAGAAAGAACAAAAUGGCGACGGGCACUUCGUCUCAAAACGAAGCAAGUGGAUCAGCUGAAGACAAUGUUGAUCGGUUGAAACAAUUAUACCCAGCUGUAGAUGAAGAAGAAACCCCUCUCCCACGUUCGUGGAGCCCAAAAGACAAAUUUAAUUUCAUUGGUCUUGGUCAGAAUAAUCUUAGAGUCCAUUAUAAAGGUUAGUAUUUUGUCUUUGUUAUUUUCCCCAAGUCGCAGUUGACACACUUUUCAUAACCACUUGUUCUAUUUUUAGUAGUACGUGUGUCUGAAGACUGCUAAAAGACUUAUAUAAGUUAAACAUUAUUGAUCUGUUAAGGGGGAAUCUGUGGAAACAAACACAUUCAAUUUAUAGUUAAGACAAUGACAAGGGUGGUAAAGGAAGGCAACUAUUUAUUUAGUAUUAUUUACUAUAAUUUCAUAAUUGUUAUGAUGAAGUUUACUUAAAAAUAGGACUACCUGCCAGUGAGUAGUAUGAUUGUCUAAAGACUCAAGAUUACUCUAGAGAUACUUAUCACUGUGUACUUUUAUUGCGGGUGUGGUACACAAAACAGUAACAUCCUAUCGAUAGAUAUGAUCCAUUGCUGUUUUAAUAGCCUGUGACUUAAAUAAAUAUAUUUAUAUACCAUACUAUAUCAGAGAUGGGCCUAUAAAUUAUUUAAAUUUAUAGUAUUUAUAGGUAAAUUUUGAGUUAACAGUAUGGGUUUUGCCAAGAGUUUUCUCACUCUAAGCGCAGUGACGUCACAUUGGCAAAUCCCAACACUGGACUUGGGUGAAUAGAUCUAUUCUUUGAAGGACCCGAACGAUGUGUGUCUUAACAUUCCUGUUCUUUAUAGAGCAUUACUCGCGUCGUAAAGGAUACGGUUAAAAAGAUGUGUUUGGAAAUGAAAUUUUCCAUUAAAUUUUUAUUAAAAUUCAACUUACACAUUACAAAAGGAGGAAAAAAGAAACACAUCCGUGCUGAUACCCCCAAGACCCAACACCACCUGUAUGUUAAACUUUGGUAACAAAAGGAAGACUACUGCUUAAAUUACAUUUGGAAUGAUCUUCUAAGAACAGGGGAGGGGCCCUCCCCUUGCAUUAAAUACCAAAAUAAGAAACAUAGAAAUUCUCUGGGGAGGGGAGACUCCUCCCCAAUUUAACAAAAAAUAUAAAAUAAGAAAACAAGAACUUGCAUUAUGUAAAUAUAAAUACAAACAUCGAAAUCUUUUUAGUAUGGCACCUCCGUGACCCAAAUACCGCCUUACCGCUAACUCAAAAACAGCAAAAUUUAUGUCAACGUUAAAACUUAUUUUUAUUUCGCAGUAGAUUAGGUUUUUAUAAACUUCACUAACCCUUGCUCCUGAUUCUAAAAUACCCAUGCCCCUGGGCUCCAGUUGGAAACUUUCAAGAAACUGCUCUGUUUUGAUUCCUUAAGAAUAGCACUUUCCAUCACCUUCAUUUCUAUAAAUUGCAAAACAUUACUAAAACAUAACAAAAACAAUGGUCAUUGGGUGAGGCCAUAAUUUUGACCUUUUGCAAGUCAAGUGGUAAACCCUGAACUCAGUAUUUACUACAGAUUUUCAUAUACAGACUGUCAAUCUUGGGUAAGGUAUGGGAGACCGAAAUAUGGUUAUGGCGGGUUGUGAAUUUUGAACGCUUAGACCAAUAAAGUUGGAUCUCGGGUUCAUAGGGUUAAAAUUACAAAGUAUAAUCCAAAUCCAAUAUUGCAAUAAAUGCACACCAUCUACCAAGUCAUUGAGUUGAAUAUAUUUCAUUAAUUUAUUCUUACAGUCAUUUAAAAAGUAAACAUAAUAUCAUUUAAUUAGCAAGUUUUUAGAAAAUCUAUAUUUUAAAUAUCAGCCAUAAACCUUUUGAUCACUUCUAUAUGUCAUUGUAUCUUGUAUUACUAAAGAGAGCUGUUAAGUUUAGGCUUAAAUUUUUGCAAAUUUUAAAAAAAUGUGAGCAUGGAGUCCUACCAAAUACAUUCAGCCUGUAUCAGAUGCUAAAGACUGUAAGAUACUAAGAUGCGGUCUGUAUAUAUUCCUUUUACAUUUUAAAUGAAAAAUUACUAAUUACUGUUUAAAUGUCAACCGUUAUUGAAUUGCAAAGCUAAAGUACUCUAAAAAGCUAAUAAGUCUGUUACUGCCUUUACUUGUUCAUAAGUCGACUCUCUUAGUGUUGUCCAAAAAAAGCAGGAAAAGGGUUAACCUGCUCAUAAUCUGAUGGUUUAAAAUAAGUAAGUUGAAGCUAUAUGGUACUAAUGAAAAUAAUUUAUUUUUGUUAAAAUUCAAUCUUUUAGAAAUAAUUAUAAUUUAAGUAAAAAGACUUAAAAACCAUGAAAGUGGGCACUGCCAGAGACAACAUACUGUAUUAUGUAUGAAACAGACACUUGCUUUGCAUUUCUAUAUGUAUAUACAGUAACCAUAAUGAACAUUUUCAAAAAUAGGACCUCUGCAAUCUAGAAUAGCAGUUUCAUUAUUCAUUGUAGGUACUUUGAGAGUCGUUCACAGCAGUCGCAAAAUGAGGAUGAAACAUGUGACCCAAUUUUGCAUACCAUCUUAUGUUGACUGCUGUUAAUUAUUUUUUUCCUCAUAAUUUUAUAUAAUACAAUUGUUGAUCCAGGAGAAAAUUAUAGAAAUCUCAAAUAGCCCACUCAUUAGCAGACCACCUCAUUUAUUCUGAUUCUAAUAGACUACGUUGCUUCAACCAAGUACUGGCAUAUGUGCAACGGUUUCGGAAGCGAUGCGGCUAUCCUAACCGCUCCUAGCGGGUGCCAGGGCAGCCUUGAAACUCUGAUUGAUGUCGAGUCCAUGGCGGCAUUGUCGAGUUGGUUUCAAGUAAUUAUUGUUCGUGGGAAAAAUGAUUUUUAUUGAACUGUGUUACACCGAUGCACAGUGAAGCAUUCAUCAUUGUUCUGGAGUUGUCAGAGGUGAAGUCAGUGUUUAUUGAGUGUUUGGCUCUGAUUAAGCGACCUGGCUUCUGCGGGGUUAGAUACGUGUUAGCUGGAAUGGCCGACACUAACCCCGUGACCACUUUAUUCCUUUUAAAUAUUUCCAAAAAGUCAUCUUAUGAAUCAGUAUAUUCAACUUUAAUGUGAUUUUAAAAGAAAGAAAUCUGUUUUUAGUUGUUUUGCAGCCAGUAGCAUACUACAUUUUCUCAAUCUUGCUGACACCAGUGUAAAUAAACUCUGUAUAAAAGAAGUCAUAUGGGUGCUUAGGCCUAAUAUAUUCUGCUAUGCAUCUUCAUGUUGUAUAAUGGUAUUAUUAUGGCCUAUAACAAAUCUCAUAAGGUGUUGGCAAGACCCAUAAAGAUGCAGCUAGUGUCAGAGCAACACAUCCAAUCCCUGCUUCAUGUGGCAUAUACUAUUUUGAGGUUAAAGUCAUCAGCAAAGGCAGAGAUGGGUAAGUGAUUCAGUUUUUCUUUAUAUAUUGCUAAGAAUUGGAACCUAAGAUGCACUUAAAAAGAAUUUUUACUACUAUUUGUCAAAAUACCAAUUUAAUUUAUUUCUUCUCGACGAAACAACCCUACACCCUAACCCUUAAUUUCACAUUUCUCAUUACCACUUUUCAAAAAGUGUUUUUUACCCAAAUUUGAUUAAAACGCUGCUCAGAAAAAAAUUAACAACUACAUUAAAUUUGUUACUAGGGUCAUACCUUAUAGGCAGAUUUUCAGUUAACAUAUAAUACAACCACUCAUAAUUUAUAAUGUAUAGUGCUAUGAAAAUAAAUAUUUUAAUUAAUGGUUUGUAAGUUACUUAAAAUAUUUCCUAACCAAUCAAAAUUAUGUUGUUUCUAUUAGAGAGCAUAGAAAAAUAUAAUUCUGCUGAAACCCAUUUAUCAGAAAAAUGGCUGAUGUACAAUUAUCUGCUAAUUAAUCAGUGCAACCCAUGUCUUUUUUAAGGUGUCUUGAUACCCAAAGAAUUACCACUAUUUGGUAAUGAGUGUCACCAUUAAAAGUUUUCUUUUAAAAACAUAUUCUUGUUUCAAAAAUAUAGAAAAUGUAAGAUUAAAAAUCCUACUAGUUGUCUGUUUUAGUUAAUACUUUUUAAAAGAGUCAACAUUUUUGUAUUUAAAUAUACAUUGAGACUGAGCAAGUACUGUUUCUGAAUAAUGUGGCAAAGGUUAAAUAAAGAAGUUUCUAAAUUUAGACAUGACUUCAGACCAGUGGUUACAUAGUUAUGGACAAUUGCUGUAGAGAUUGCUGUCCAGAUAUUCAGUUGCUUGCUAUAUUUCUUACCUAAAGUAUACUAAUUUUCAAGGGGGGGGGGGGCAAUAUUUAAAAAAAAAAAUUAUGGAUUUAAUUUUUCUGAUGAAGAUGUUAUUUUAAGAAUUUACCAGUAUUUCCUUUCUUAACUAAAUUAGAGAUUGCUGUCCAGAUAUUCAGUUGCUUGCUAUAUUUCUUACCUAAAGUAUACUAAUUUUCAAGGGGGGGGGGGCAAUAUUUAAAAAAAAAAAUUAUGGAUUUAAUUUUGCUGAUGAAGAUGUUAUUCUAAGAAUGUACCAGUAUUUCCUUUCUUAACUAAAGAAUACAAUAACCUUUUUCAUAAUGAUAUUGCACCAUGCUAUUAACAUCCUUAUCUCAUUCUUUUCACUCAGUCAUUAAAAGUCUGCUUUUUUUAUAUUGAGGCUGGCAGCUAUUUGAAUCUCUGAUUCUAAUUUCUGUUAAUUUAGGAAAAGAAACUUAGCCAUAAUAAUAAAUUAUGCAAUGUACUAUUCAGCAGUCUAUGAAUUCAUUGUGAGAAUUUUAUUAUUUAAAAAAAACAAACUUUAAAUUCUGCCAAAAUCUGGUAAAGACUACUGUUAUUUUUGCAUAGACAGAUGAUUUUUAAUCCCACUCCCAUUGGUUGCUGCCUUACAACUUUGGAGAUUGAUACAUUUUUUAAUUUUUUUUUACUGCUUUACAUGAAUUAAAAAGUCCAUUCCAUUUGGCAAUUUUACCUAUAUCCGGGGAAGGACACUCCCCCCCCCUCUCAUUGAACCUACUACCUCUCAUCCCAGAGGCAGACAACAUAUUACAUUUUGCCACAGGUCUGAUAGAUAAAUUUCUUUAAAUAACAAAACAGAAGUCCAGCAAGUCUAUUUCCCUUUUAAAAAUUGUCAUUAUUUAAAAUAAUUCUUAAUACACAAAAUUAUAUAAGGCUUCAUGUAUACCGGUAUAUUCAUUUUACAGGUACAUGGGGAUUGGAUUGUCUGCACAAGGUGUCAAUAUGAAUAGACUUCCAGGUACUACAUAGUUUCAUAUGCUAUGUAAUUAAUUUAAUGAUUUGGAAUGCUUACAUGAUCUAAGAGCAGGUAGGUAAUUAUGAUUAAGAUUACAAUUUUUAUAAGAGAUAUCUCUCAGUUUUGAGUAAAGAAGUUGAGCUCAAUUGUUGGCCUGGACAAUUUUUCUAAUAUCCAGAUGCUUACUCUGUAAUGUUGACCUGAUCUGGUAUCUCAGACUAUAAUGCACAAAUGCUAUUAAUUGUAAUUGCCGAAUUUUUUACAUUAUAGGAGUGGGCUUGUUGGUUAAUUGAUGCCUUUCUUUUGAUAUAUGUUCAGCAUGUGCAAUGAAAUGUAUGCCUAUUUUUAAAAUGUUUAUAUUGAAAUUUUAUUUACAUAGAUUAUCUAGGUUUUGUAAAAUGAAAUGUAUUUUUUUAUUUUAGACAAUAUUUAUUUAAAAGAGGUUGAUUGGUUAUUUGUUCAAAAUUGAGGCAAUUUGAUUUUUGGAUUUUUAAUGGCCUAUGCACUGAAAAUGUAUUCCAUGGUUUUACAUGGGCUAUUAGAAUAAAUGUCCGGCUGUUAAACAAAAAAUCCUGUUCUGUUUCUUACAGGCUGGGAUAAGCAGUCUUAUGGUUACCAUGGAGAUGAUGGCAAUUCAUUCUGCUCCUCUGGUGCUGGUCAGUCAUAUGGACCAACAUUUACCACAGGGGAUACAAUUGGUUGCUGUGUCAAUCUUAUUGAUCACACAUGUUUCUACACCAAAAAUGGUGUCAGUCUAGGUAGGUGGAUGAUCCUGUCCUGA